CUAGGACACCACAAGAACAGCUUUCAGCAUGAACGCCUACCUGACAAAGAGGAAAGUUUAAAGGAUCUCUACACCCGAAAGAGCCGAAGCUAUUCAUACUCUCUUUCUGCAGAAAGCAGUCAACACAGCUCCAGGCAUGGAGGCUUCUCUUCGGCUGGACUGCAGAGCAAGUAUCCCACCAGCCAGACCAAGGCUCUGCCAGCUAAAUCAGUAGCCAUGAGGAAAGAAGGAGUGGACCAUGCCCAUCCCCUGAAACCAAUUUUUCACCACAAGGGUGUGAGUCUUCCAGUGAUCAACACAGCACCACUCGGAAGUUUCCCAUACAUGGAGGAAGCUCCAAGUAGUCAGCCUAGCUCAAAGAGCAAAGAGAAGCCUCCGGCAGGGAGGUAUCAGCUAGCUGCAGUGCUCCCUCGUCAGACAACAGAGCCUAAACAGUCAGCCUCCCAUCUAUACAGGAGAGAGCUGGCCUACAUCCUAAAGUUGGAGGCAGACAGGCAGAAUAUGGAAGAGGAAAUUCGAAAGAAAGAAGCCCUCCUUAAAGAGAAGCUGAGGAGGACAAAGGAGCAGCUUAGGAGGAUUCAAAGAGAGAAGGAGCUUGUUGAGGCAGAGGAGAGAAGAGACAGGGAAGUGAAGAAAACCCUUGAGCAACAGGGUGCAAGGUACCCCGAAGAGAGAACUUUCAGAUUUGCUGCCAGGCCAGGUGCUGGGGUCUUCAGUGGGGUGCAGUCCGCAGAGGCCACCAUCCCCAGGCCUGGCACCAUCCUCCGCCCCCAAGAGCUGGCUCUGGGGAAACUCAAGAAGGAACGGUUGGUGGCCAGCAACAGCAAAAUUCGAGACCACAUACCCUCAGAGCGUUUAGCCUCUUGUUCAGCGCUGGCCCCAAAACGUAGCUCUUCUCCCUCUGCCCUCUCAGACCGAGCUUCUGGCAACCACCUGUCCGCAGGGGUGCUGUGCAUGCAGGCUGCCAGUGCUGUGGAGCAGGGGGAGCUUGGACAGUGCAGCUUCUGCAGACGUAAGUUUCUCUGCACCAGGCUCGAGAAGCACAUGAGUAUCUGCGGCAAGAGCCAAGGCUCCCAGAGGAAGGUGUUUGACUCCAGCAGGGCCAGAGCUAAGGGAACAGAACUGGAAGAGUAUCAGCAGUGGAAAAGCUCAGAGAACCCUCAGAAUAAGCCACCCAGAAGGAACAACUGGAGGCAGAAGCACGAGGUUUUAAUCCAGACCCUGCGCCAGGCCCGCCAGGUGCAGCAAGUCCUCUCCAAGGGAGGGAAGGUGUCUGAUCUGCCCCCGUUGCCUCCCAUUGAAAACCCAGACUACGUUGCCUGCCCUUAUUGCAGACGCCAAUUUGCUCCCCAAGCGGCUGAGAGACAUAUUCCCAAAUGCAAAACCAUCAAGAGCAGGCCCCCGCCCCCACCGCAGAGACGGCGCUGCUGAGGUGUC